AUGGAUUCUUUGGACAUAGCAAAUGCAGAUCUGUUAACUAGAGCUCAUGUUUGCCUUAACAAUCCAAUCUACUCAAUUCAUCUCACACCUUGGAAAUUAUAUUUUGAUGGAUCGAAGACAGACAAGGCUUCAGGAGCAGGGAUUGUUCUGGAAGAACCAUUGGGGGUCAGGCAUUGCUAUUCUUUCCAGCUAGAUUUCCAAUGCACCAACAACAGGGCCGAAUAUGAGGCUUUGAUUAUAGGGCUCGAAAUGUUGGUAGAAUUAGGAGUCCAGUCCGUGGAAAGCUUGGGAGAUUCCAUGCUUGUCCUAAAGCAGAUUGCUGGAGAAUAUAAGUGUCUGAAUCCCUCUCUGGCUGUAUAUCUAGUGGCAGCUAGAAAUCUGCUAAAAGAAUUUAGAGAAGCUACUUGGGAGCACAUCCCGAGGGAGAAGAACUUCGCAGCCAAUGAACUGGCUCAGGUAGCAUCAGGCAUACAAAUGCCUGAAGACUGCGUCCAGAGGAUCAUCAAGAUUUGGUCCGAAAAAGUAAGGAUGAAGUGCUAUUAA